AAACUUUUUUUUGUGUGUUUUACUCGUUUCGGCUGCUGUUUCGAAUAACUUUUGAGAUUAACUGAGUGGAAAUAGGCCUAAUUCAUUACAGGGACGAUGCCUAAAUUUAAGAAGAAGUCCGCUGGAGAAGGGCGAGGAGAAUGGUCUGAAGAUGCGAUGAAAUCAGCUGUGCAAGAUGUUUUGGAAAACAAAAUAGCGGUUCGGGCAGCAGCAGAACGUCAUAAUGUUCCUAGAACCACUUUACGAAGAAAAAUUUUGGCUGUAAGAACAAAAUCGCAAGUGGAAAUGAAACCUCAGCUUGGAAGCUUUAAAGUAAUUUUUGAUGAGAUGUAUGAAAACGAGCUGGUAAGGCAUAUGAAAGAUUUGGAUGCAUGACUUAUGCCAUUAUCGAGACAUGAAUUCCUAAAGCUUGCCUACGAACUAGCAGAAAGUUUGAAGUUGCCUCAUAGAUUCAACAGGGAAAGUAAAGUUCGGGGAAAGAUUUUUAUAUGGGUUUCACGAAACGACAACCCGAGCUAAGUUAUCGAAAACUACAAUCAACUAGCUUAAUGCGAUCAGUAGGUUUUAACAAACCCCAAGUUGAAAGAUUUUUCGAUCAACUUACGAAGCUUCAAGAAGACUAUUCUUUUCGUCCAUCUAAAAUGUAUAACGCAGAUGAAACAGGGGUUACAUGUGUUCACGAAAAUGAGAUGGUGAUUUCAGUUAAAGGAAAGUGCCAAGUUGGGAAAAUGACUUUGGGGGAGAAAGGUCGCACAGUAACACUCAUGUUUGCAUGAGUGCAACAGGUCAUUUCAUACUACCUCUUUUAAUAUUCCCCCGGAAGAGAAUAAAUGAUCGAAUAAUGAUUGGUGCUCCUACAGAAAGUAGGCAUUUCCCAACCCCCACCGGAUGGAUGAAUGGUCCAGCAUUUUUGUCAUGGCUGAAACAUUUUGUUUCAUUUACAAAGCCUACUGUAAAUGAUCCAGUUUUACUUAUCCUGGAUGGGCACAGCAGCCACAAGGAACAAUAUGUCAUCAUGUAUGCACGUGAAAACCAUGUUCAUAUGCUAAGUAUCCCCCCACAUACCACUCUCAAACUUCAGCCCUUGGACAGGACAUUCAUGAAACCAUUUAAGAGUGCCUACCAAGUCGCUUGCAGUUUGUGGAUGAGGGCCAAUCCUGGACUCAGGAUAAACGAAUAUGACAUCGCAAAAUUGGUCGCAGAUGCAUACAGGCAAGCCAGCCGUUUGGAAAUAGCAGAAAAUGGCUUCAGAUGCACAGGAAUAUAUCCCUGGAAUUCACAAAUAUUCACUGAUUUGGACUUCAUAGGCAGUGAGUUAAUCAACAUAUCACUCAGCCACUCGAAAUCAAUCACAUCUGAAACUUCAGCUGCAGUUGCUGUCCAAACCUCUACCAUGACAUCUCCUCAGCCAUCGAGGACGACUGACGUAGGCCUAUUAGCUGUUCUACCAACUACUGGAACUUCUGCAACUGUUGUAGUUCAAACAUCUGCAGUGUCUUUUCCUGAUCCAUCAAGGGUGCCUGGCGACCCAGCUGCAGUACCAUCGCUUGCUGGAACUUCUGCUGCAGCUGCUGUUCCGAUGUUUGCUGUGCUUUCUCCUGAUACAUCGAGGGUGCCUGAAGUAUCAGCUGUUCUACUAAUUGUUGAGACUUCUUUGAAACUACACACACAUUCACAUCUUAGUGUUAGCUGUUCCGAGUUUGUGAAAAACCUCCAAAAAUUGUCUCCUCUACCAUCGUGUAGUGAUAAAAGACUGACAAGUCGUAAGAGGAAGGCAGAAAGAAGUGAGAUAUUGACCUCAACUCCAAUAAAAGAUGCACUUAUAGAAAAGAAAAACACAGAAAUCAGAAAAGAAGAAGCUCAGGAAAAAAAAGAAACAACUAAAAUUGGAAAAAGAACAGAGAGAUCAGCCAGGACAUUCAAAAGGAGCAAAAACUAAAUCAAAUGUGUUAAUGAUGGUAAAGACGAAAAGUAAACAGCAUAACUCUCAUUUUGAGGGUUCGUCGGACUUAGCGAAUGGUGAAAAUGUUGACUGUAUUGUUUGUGGUGAAUAUUUUGAUGAAAAUUGGAUUCAGUGUCGUACAUGUGAAGGGUGGGCACAUGAACUUUGUGCAGAUAUUGAUAAUACUUUGUAUUACUACUGCGACUAUUGUAAACGUAACACUUAAUUGCUUAAGUAAUGGCUUCAUUUGUAAACAGUGUACAGUGUUUUAGCACUUCUGUACCUUAAAAUGUGUUUUAUUCCAUUAAUAUGGUAUGGCUUUAUGUUAUGGGCCAUACUACCCUACAUCAACCGCUUAAUGGUGAAUGCAUACAUUCAUUAAAUGAUACAAAAUAUGUAAUAUUUUAUGAAUUUGAGUUUAUGUUUCAUCAUAGUUGUAAAGUAAAUGUGUCACGUAUUCUUGUUACAGAGUGUUGCACAAUUAUUUCUGUAAUUUAUUAUGUUAUUGUCAUUUUUACUUAAGUGGUCCAUACUAGCCGCCUCUCCCCUACGAAUAUUAACGAACGCAUUAGAGAAAAUGCCGAUCUGAGUGAUUACAUUAGGGGGGGCCAUGGCCCACCUGGCCCCCCCUGUAGGCACGCCUAUGGUUAUUUGUUCAUGGAACACACACGGUUCCAGAUAGUAUGUGGAAGAGCUUGUGGGAACUUGACAAUUUUUUAUUGAGUCAGUCUGAAAAUGUCUUAAAAGCAAACAACUUCGACCCAGUAUUUUACAAAAUAGUAAGAGUUAGUUACGGAUUUUUUUUCUAGGGUUGUUUUGUUUUGAUAAUUGUUUUUAUUUGUGCUUAUUACCUUAAAUUCAUUUUGCUGAUACAAUUGUACAGUUUUUACAGCAUACUAACAAUAAUGAGAAUAGGGAAGUCUAAUUUAUUAGUUAAUUCAGUAUGUAAAUUGAGUGAGAUUGAUUUUUAUAUAGCAACUGAUUUUAAACCAUUUCCUCAUUAAAAAGUCUUCCCUGGUAAUAAGUUUGUACCAUCCAGUCCCUCGAAAAACAUCUUAACAGGGUUUUACUGUAUACAUUUCUCACAUAAUGUUACAUUUAUAAUUACAACUACAAGAUUACAUUGCCACAUUAUGAGCAUUAUUCUGAGUAUAGUCCAAGGACUAUUUCUGAAUAAGUCUGUUUGGAUUUAAGUUAGAUCUUAAAUACAUAAUCAUUUAAGGACUAUAUUUAGUGCUGAAAACAAGGAAUACAAACAGUGUUGCCAUUGAAAUGUAAAAAAAUAGUACAUAUGGUCAAUUAUUUUCUAUUUCGUUUAAAGAGAAAAAAUUUAUUUUUUCAGUGUGGCCAGAUAUCUAUUUCGAAGUUGGAGACCCUAGGCAGCUGCCUAGUUUGUCUAAGCACAAGUUUGCAGCUGUGUUAUGUUUCUUACAUUUUUUGAGAACACCACAAAAUAUCUUAGUAAUCGCCAAAUUUUAUGAAGACUGAACAUUCACAUGAUUAAAGUCACACAUGAUAUUGCUAACUAACUAACAUUUUGAUUUUUCCUAAAUGAACUUUGUAUAUUAUAAAAUGUUAUACUGCCACCCAACAAAAAAAAACUGUGAAGAAUGUAAAAAUAUAUAUAAAGAAAACGAGAAGAAACCUUUAUUACAAAAGAAAACAAUUACACUUCCUGCUUCAAAAUAAAAUUUUUUGGUUUCAAAUCCAAAUAAUUGAAGCAGUUCUUCAUAGAAGUAUACAAAUUCUUUUCUUUCUUAUCAAUCAACUACCACAAUAAAUUCUGUUGUAAGAAGAUACAAUUAUUUUAACUGAUGGUACCUUUCAUUAAUUUUUGGGUUUCAUAUACAUAUAUAUACAUACAUAUUAAAGUUCUCUUAACGAAACAGAGAAAUCGGUACAAAAGUCUGAUUUUAAACUCCAUAGAUUUAGUUCAUUUAAAAAGCUUAAAAUAUGUGGGGUAACUAGCAGACAUUUUUAACAUCAAUAUUUUGAGGGAACAGGAUAUAGAAAAACAAAAAUGUCAGAGAAGCCAGUAGGUAACAAGUUGAACAUAUUUAACAAAUAUGAAAUAAAAAGUUCUAAUAAAAUGAAGAUAUUGCAAUAAUGUAAAUAAACUACUUGCUUGUAAAACACAAAUAUUUUUAACGCAAUUGUAUAGUAAAAGUGAAAUUUUUUUUAAGCUAAUAGCACAGAAAUUAUAAUUUAUACUCAGAACAUUUAAACAAAAAUAUAACUCAAAUAAAUAUAAUUAACAUUGAAAUAUUAAAAAAAUGUUCUAAAAUAUAACUACUGAGAUGGUAGCAAAUUCAACCAUUAGACCAAAUAUAAAUUCAGCCAAUCUCAAAAUAAACAGAUUACAGUAGACCAUGCAGAAUCUGGACUUUCAGUAGGUCCAGACUUAUUGUUGAAUAAUUCAAAAAUUAUAAUACAAUUAUAAAAAUGGAAAACAGCUCUUACUAAUGACUAUUAUAUUCCUCUAUAACACCAAAAAUUAUCUUUAAAGUUAAAACAUAGUGAGCAUUUUGCAGAAAUUCUUUUUAAAACACAUAUCUUCAUGUGUGUUACAGUAACAGAGUGCUCCAAGAAAAAAUGUUGUUUCAAUAGUUAAUUUCUUUACAGACCAAAAGAUAACCUUUGCAUAAUAUAAUUCCCAUGUUGUGGAAAUUCUAAAACAUUAUACUCAAAAUAACUAAUAAUGGUAUAAGUGCCAUGGCAGAAAAACAGCUUAACAAAAUGUUGCCACACUGGGUCAAUCAGACAAAAGCUAAGAUCAGAAAACUAAUUUUGAGCUUUAUUUUAUGUUGCUAUGAUUUGCAUAGUAUUAGUUUACAGAUGCCAAUAUCAUAAGUUUCAAUACAAACAAGCUUUUUAGACAGAAAUAUGAACAAGAUUUCAUGUGCUGGUGGUAUGACAAAUUAAGGUAAUCAUGCCACUAUAAGGAAUAUUUUUCUUUAGGUUACAUAAUUUAUCAAAAUUAUUAACUUGAUAUUUUGAUGUCUUACUCCAAAUUACUCUUUGCAAUUCAGAGUUUUGCAUCUGUGCAUUAAUUUUAGCAAUAUUUAUUUAAUUUUUUUUUUAGUUUCAAUGUCUUUGGAAUUCUUAAGUUUGUUGAUAGCCAAUGGACAAGUGUUUUUGUAAUUAUCUUGUUUUUUAUAUUAGUGAAUUUUAGUUGUAUAUUGAAGUAUUGUAAGUAUUCCUUAUAGAACCCUAAAUUAGAUGUAGCUUUUAGCUCAGUUAAGUAACAUGGUUGUUUGUUACAUAUAUAACUCACAUUAGCAAAAUCCCGAGGUCAGUAUGAUUUUGUAAGGAGAGUUUUGAUUGGCCAGGACAUGCCAAAAAUGUAUUAUGAAUUCCAAAUCCAAAUGUUAGGAACUUUUUUUUUUUAGCAAGAUUCCAAUCUGAGUCAAGGACAGAUGUGAGAUUGUGCGCCUAGAAGAUAAUAUAAGGCCAAAGUAAGUUAAAUAUGGCCAAUGUUUGUUUUGAAUGUACAUCAGUGGAGGUGUACCAGAAUGUGAUGUCACCACAUAGGAGUUUGUGAGAUAUUUCCAAGUGAAAUAAUGAAGAUUUGAGUUGUCUUCGGAGGCUAAUCUAAGUGAAGAGGCCUUUUUAAAAUGGUGUCGAGGACUUUCAUAGAAGAGACGACACUCAUCACAACUUGAAAAUUCCAGAAACGUAGUUAUCACCAAAUAAACUCUAUCAACAACGGUGAUAUUGACGAGUAUAAAGGACUGAAUACCAUCAAAACAGAAGUAGUUCAAGAACCCACUACAGCUGCCAGAAGUGCCGAAACUAGGGUGAUAAGUCAUCCUGCACGACGAGAGACUUCAUACAGUCUUCUACUUGGACAGUCAUCACGCCUCUAUGAGAGGAGAAUCCAAAUCUGAGUUUUCAGUCUUCAGUUUGAGACCAGUGACUCCGAUUGGGGAAGAAGGCAGUCGGCAUUGACUGGGUAACGAGAACCAUAUGAUGUUUGGGAGUUAUGUCAAGAACUGAUGCCAAAAGUACGUGGUUGUGAUAUUCCAGGAUUGUAAAAACUAUGAAAUGUUUUUCGAAUGUGUCUAUGCUUAGAGUGUGUUUGAAAGUGUCAUUUUGACAAUUGGUUAAGUCCACACAAUAUGAAAUUAGUUGUUCCCUCUGUAUAUUUCUUGAGAAUUUCACAAUUUUGUAUAUAUUACACUGCUAAACUGAAAAUCUGGAGGUUGUUCCUGUAGUACGAGAGUUCUCAGUAAAGUUGAAUAAGAUUUCCAUGCCAUUAGUGUCAAUAUUAACUUCAUUGUAUUUCCUGUUGCCCUGAAUACAGAUGACUUUUGAACCUUGGCUAUUUCAUAGCAAACUUUAUAACAUGGUCCAAUCUAGUUAGAGUCUUAUAUGAUAGCUAACCUUAGAUCGUUCUUACUGAAACAAAAUCUAACUGGACUAAUACUGAUAAUAAUUGAAAAUUAUCAUUUGUACUACGACCAGGGAUUUUGCAAUCUUUCGUUUAAAAUAAAGUGCAUUUCGUGUUUAAUCUGUUCUUGGAUUGAUAUUGUUAUGUGUCAACUUGCUAAUUCUACAAGGUCAUUUAACAUAUUAAAAUAACUUGAAUUUAGUUUUGACAUUUAUUUUAGAACCUUGCAAAACCCAGCUCAUGUAUGAGUUAACUUUAAAAAUUCCACAGAAUUCAUGAAAGUCAAUCAUAAUUUUUGAAUUCUAUACAGAGUAAUCAUAUACCAAUCUUGAGAUUUAUAUGCUUACAAAGUAAUUAGGUAGUGUUUUGUGCAUCAUGAACACUUUAUUAAACAAAAUAAUUUACAACAAUAAAUUGUCCCAACCUAAAAAUUAAUAUUCCUUUGAACUAUUCUGAUAAAGAUCCAUAGGACAGCCCAAUGUAUGUUAAAUUAUGGUUUAAAUUUUUUCUUAUACCACUAAAACUAAAAUGUAGGGCAAGGCAUGUAUGGGAAGUAAGUGCUGUUUCAUUCUUCCACCAAAGCAGCACUACUUACAGUGCUCAGAGCAUGCACACUAGUAUACACGAAUUUAGUAAACAAGUGUCAGGAAUUACAUUACCAGGUUAAAUAAUCUUUUGUAACACAGAAAUGUUGGUAGUGCCUACACAGAAAAAUAAAUUGCUAUGCCCAAGCUCUAUUAUGUAAACAAUGCAGUACAUGAAUUUUUAAAUUUAAUUUUAGGUUGUUUAAUCCAUAAAUGUUAUUCAAAAUUUUGUUAAAUGUAAUUCAAAUGUAUUUAUAUGUAUAUAUUAGUACUGUAAAAUAAUUUUACUGAGAGUAGUGUCAUGAUUAAAAUGGUAGUUGGCAAACAACUUACCUGUCUGUAAAAUGAAAUACUCUCUAAUGGAAAAAAAAAUUAUUUGACAAGUGCUGUUUUAAAUAGCACUUUGUUUUACUGCAACAGAUUAGGGCAUUACUUUGAGGAGCAGGUGUUACAGUGUUUGUCUAGAUGGUCGAGAUGAAAAAAGUAAAUAAUUUUUUUUUGACAUUGGUUUAACCAUGUUUUUUAGUUAUCCUUGCCAGUCUUUACCCGGACAAUUGGCAGUCUACUGUACCAAUAAAAGUGGCUUGAAAAAAUAUUUUACACGACGGAACAUACUUUCCAGAUCUGCCUCAUACAUUUAGUGCAUUAGUGCAAUAAAUAUGUAGUACAGAGCAAAAGUAAAAAAAAAAACUGAAACAUCAUGUAGCCACUAUUUCUGUAUGAAUAUAAAACUUUCACUUUACAAUUAUAUUUAUCUGUCACUGGGCGGUAAAGUCUAUUUUCUUAGCGUCUGCGGGUGUGGGCUAUCUGUCUGCGCUCACCACAGAUGGGUGUGGUUGGCCUGCGCAGCUUAUUUGUUGUGGUGCAGUUCUGUUAGCAUGAUCUGAGAUCGUUGGUAUUCGGGCAAGGGUUAGGUGCGAGGAGUCCCGAAUAUGGUCGGGCGGCCUCAGCUAGAGUUGAUGGAGUUCAGGAGUUGCGGUGGUAAUUAGUGUUGUUUGGUGAGUUGAUAGUAGUGCUCGAGGUUGAAAAGCAGAAGCAAAAAUUAGUUUGUUGUAGAGGCUCUUUGGUGAGGAGGAGACUGGAAAGAUGCAAGAAAAGUGUCAUGAUGUGGAAUUUUAUAUUUGCUGCUAUUAGAGGUACCGCGAGUUACGUGGGGAACCGGAAGAAUGCUGUUUGGCAGUGGCGAGGAAUACUGCCACGUUUCAUUUGUGGCUACAAGACGUAGUUUGGAGAUCUACGAUUGAGUUUCUACGAUACUUCUCUUGGAGAAAUAAUUUUAUGUCAUCUUGCUGGUUUAGGAUAACAUACCGUCAGUGCUCGCCAUGAAAAAAUUGGGGAGUACUACUGGUGCAGUUAAGAGUUUCCCAAAGUUGUGGUUGGUUGAUGUAGGCAGGGAUGCAAGCUGGUUUUUCCUGGCACAAAGUUUGUGCAGACGAAUGGUGUUUGUUAAAUUACAGGGAGGAAUUUAAUAUUUGGUUCCAGAUGCUUCUGA